ACGUUGACAAUAAGACAUAACCUGAGCUAAGUAAAUAAAUAAAAUAGAUUUUUUUUUGAAAAAAGAAUUUUGUGACAAGUGAUAAAAAAAUGCCACAAAAAAAUUAUUUAAAUUUAGACAUAAAUAAAUUAUUCGAAGAUCACACGAUCAAAGAAAUCGAACAAAUCGCUAAGAAAAUUCAAGCUGAGAGCGAUCACAAGAAAAUAGAACUGCGUACUCUUGUUGGGGAACGGUACAGAGAUUUAAUUCAAGCUGCCGACACAAUCGCCGAGAUGAGAACGACAACAGAGUGUGUGAUAAAACGAAUAGCAGACAUCGAAGAUACCUUCAAAGAUCUGCAGCAAAAAUAUUUAAUAGGCUUCAAAAUCGACCCGUGCGAAAAAGUCGUAGAGAAACAUGACCCCGACACCUGGGACUCGGUAAUAGUACAGAUAAAAAUCCUAAUGGACAUUCCCGAGUACAUCUGGUCCGCGAUUGAUGACAAUGAUUUGCUGAAAGCCAGUCAAUUGUUCAUCCUAGCUCAGCACAUAAAUUUUUCCCUCAAUCUCCAAGUCGGUCACGAAACUCUGACUCUAAAAUAUCCAGUUGUCAUCAAACAGUGGACCAGUAUAAGCAACUUCCGGCGGAUUAUUUCCGAAGAGUGCAGUCAUAUUUUAAAAUCAAUUGACUUAUCUCCCAAACUGGCUGCUAAUUGUCUGGCUGCUUUGGUUCUUCUAGAGAAGACACAGUCCAAAGAUUUAUUGAAAAAAUUAAUAGACUUGAGGUGUAGAGCCGUUGAGUCAAUAAUCAAAAGUGACGACACACUCAGUGUUAAAUACAAAAUAAAACUGGCUGUCAAAUUGCUAAUGGAUACCGUCGCGCUAAUUCAUAUUUGUUUUAUAAACUCCAACAAUCAUGAAACCGGUUUGAUAACCCAGUAUAUUGCUGAAAUAAAAGAUUUGGAAGCAGUGAACAUGCUGGUGCACUGCGACUGCGACACCCAGUUGAUAAACGACUACCUCCCGGAGCUCACCAAGGAGCACAAGCUCUUCACUCUGGACUCCUUCGUCCCCCUGACCAUCGAGGAGCUUCACGAGCACUUCAGCUCAUGGCUCUCCUGGAUCCGGGAGUUUACCAGCCAGCACGUCGCCAGGCUCCUGACUAUCGUGACAUCAGUCCGCGGAAUCUACAACGUCCGCGAAGAAGCCGUGGGCAUCCAGCUCCCCGAGAACUGGACGAACAUCUGGAAAGACUUGUCCCUUACGAUAAUUAAUUUCUGGAGCGACUACUUCCAUCCGCUGCUGACUCACCGCGUCAAGGAGAUAAUAGCCACCCGGUGGGAAGAAUCGCUCGCUGAUUUGAAAAAUAACCUGACGAGUUAUUUGAUUAAAUUGAACAACGAUAAGUUUGAUUAUCCAGAAAACGACUUGCGCUGGUACUUGUGGAAAGAUUCGCCCACGGAUAUACCCCAGAAAUUGACUAAAUUAAAUAACACCGCGGACUUUAUUAAUAAGCGGUCGCUGUUGAUGAAAGCGCGCGGCUAUUCCCCUAAUCUAGUCCUGCUGUGUCAGCAAUUUGAUGAAGACCUAAAGAAAUUAUUGAUAGACUUGGAAUUGUAUUUGUAUGAGUCUGAGAAAAUGACCUCCGUGAUAAAUAGCGACGACUUGCUUACUAUUAAUUUGUCAUCGCUGUUUGAUAAAUUUAAUGACCGGUCGUGUGUGCAUGACGACUUGCAACGUACAAGUGCACUGAUGAUUGACAAUUUGAUCGGUUUCAUUAAAAAUAAAUGUAUUAAUCCCGACACUUUUUACGGUAAAUCAGACAUAAAUAUAAUUGUGAUGGCACGAUUUCUACAAGCACUCACGUCACUCUGUACAAAUUUAAAUAAAUGUUUUACGCUGUCGAAGAUAUCCGGGCUGACUAUAUCGAACGUCAAGUGGCAAACGAUUUGCGACAAAAUACGCGACGAGAGCUACGGAAUUUGGGGACUUUGGGCCAGCAAGUACAGAGAAGUUAUCAAGGAUUAUGUCAAUAAAAUAUUUAAAAAUGACUUUGUUGAUGGGAGCAGCGUAAAGUCGAUUGUCUCCGAGUGGGAACGAGUGACGAUCGAGGAGGAAGCUGAGGAUGGGGAGAGAAUCAAGUCCGAGAUACUGGUGCCCUACCAGCCGUCCGCGGCGUUGCAGAAAUUUUUCGCGGUCAUUGUUAAGGACUUGAAUAAAUUGAUAACGCACACGAUACCCAAGAAAAUAGUCGCGGAUGUGGUUGAGGGAAUUGUUGAGGAACUGGAGGUAUUUUAUGGAGCUGUUGCGAAGAGAAGUUUGAGGCAGAAACAAGCGUUUCAACUUCUGCUGGAUGUGAAGUAUGUGGGGCUUCUGAUGGUCCCGAGAGAAAAUAAAGUUUUGAAUGAUAAAUUGGACAGUGUUUGCGGAUGUAUUUUAGAGAAGAUUGAUCCUUUUGAUUCGGAUGUUUUUUCACCGUUCAUACACGCUAAUGUUAAGAAAAGUGUACAACGUUCAUUGUUGAUAUACGGUAACUUGAUACCACAUUUAGAGCAGUUACAUUCAGUAUUGGGCGGCCGAAGUGAGUUAGGCGACAGUGGCAAGUCAAUAACUAAUCCUCCAGGAGUGCUCGCUGUUUGUACCGGUGCUCCUUGGUUCCCGCCGCUCGCCGUCACUGUUCCAUCUCGUAAUUUGCCUCUAAUUCCUGUGGCAAUGCCCGAUAAACUCCAGAUUGGCGCUUGUUUGAGCGCAAAAAAGUAGCAAAAGAACACACGAGAAGUGAUUCAACUGGAGCGACAAUAAAAUCUGGAGCUGCUGCAUUUUUUGGAGCCAUGGGAUCCGACUGGUUUAGUAAUAGUUAAUUAUAAAUAUUCUGUUUAUGUAAAUACAUGUUAAUUUAUUUUAUAUUUUAUCACAAAUAAAUAUUUUUAAUUGA